AUGCCCCAAUACCAGAAGGAGCUCUCCAUGUACUCCACUCACUUCCAUCUCGCCGAGGACUGCAUGCACAACUACCAAACGUACACCAAUAAACUCUGCAAAGUCGAACAAGAUCUUGCAAUGGGCACAGAUGCUGAGGGUGAGCGCAUUAAGGAUCACAUGCGAAAUACUGUGCCUCUAUUGAUUGACUCAAACGUUUCGACCUAUGAUAAACUUCGUCUCAUUCUCCUCUAUGUGGUUCAGCGUGGAGGCAUUAGUGAAGAAAAUUUGGCCAAACUUAUUCAACACGCCCAAAUUCCUGAACCCCAAGCCGCUGUGGUACGCAAUCUUGCUGCACUCGGGGUACCAGUACUGCAGGAUGCUGGAAGUGGACCUACCAUCGGUCGCAGAAAGGCACCACAGCCCUACCUUCCAGCGAAUCGUCGAACUCGUGCCGACGAACCCAAGUACCAAAUGUCUCGUUGGACUCCCUACUUAAAAGAUCUCAUUGAAGACGCUUGUGAAGAUCGUUUGGAUGCUCGUCAAUAUCCCUUCUUUGGUGGUGGGCCUGUGAAAUCGUCAGGCCUUGUUGCUGGUGGAAAUGCCGGUUUUGGCGGUGGUCUAAGUCGUGGUGGCGGUGCGGGUGGUGGUGGCUCGAUGUCAGCCCGUUACGGCCAGUGGCAUCGUGAAAAGGGCGCUCAAACACGCUCUGGUCCUCGCCUUAUUUUCUUCGUUCUGGGUGGUAUCUCAUACUCGGAAAUGAGAUGUGCCUAUGAGGUUAUGGCAGCCUACUCGCAAGUUGUGAGUAGUGGAGGAGGUGCUGGUAAACAGUGGGAUAUUCUCGUGGGAGCAACCCAUCUCCUUACCCCCGAGACCUUCAUAUCUGACCUUGAAAGACUCUCCUACCCUCCCGGUUCAUCGGGAAAUAACUCUGGAGGUCAGGGAAAUGCCAUACCUCAGAGUCAAAUGGCUGGUGGGCCCGUGAAUGUUUGA